AUGGUUGAAUACCCGAUUGUGGAUCACAUGUCGCUCGACAAGACCUACAAUUCAAGCUCGGUUCGGCAGAUAAUCGUUGACGAGGCCUAUUGGUCUCCGGGUGUGUUGGACUGGCUUGUCCUGUGCACGAAACUCGAGCAUUUCUCUAUCAAGAUGGAGUUUGAAUCACAUCUGGAUGAGAUACUUGACUCUGAAAAGUUCGAUGCUUCGCUAUUUCGCAAGUUGCUUCUUCCUUCCGCCACGACGCUCAGGACUCUUCGUAUCUGUUAUGGCAAACGGUACAGAGAUCAAUUGGAAUAUCAGGACGCCGAAGAUGUUCCUUUUGGGACAUUCAGUGACUUUGUUGUCAUGGAAGAUAUCACGGUUCGGCAUUCUCACUUGAUCGGCCGUGUCAGUCACGACUCUACUGAUCAUUGGGAUUCAAAGCCGCCUGCUAAGAUAUUUCCCCGCUCUCUCAAACGAAUCGAAAUUACAGACGUGGUUGAGGGCCAUCAACUACAGUUAGUAUCGCAGCUUUCAGAGCUGGUUGAGGGGAGUUGUUGUCCGAAUCUUGAAGCAGUAGUGUUGCAUCUCGAUAUCCGGGAAGAAUAUACACUCAUCGAUGAACUGAAUUGCUUCAACCUUGAAUGCGAAGCCCGGGAUAUUGUCUUGAACGUUCAAGUGCAGUAUCAUUAUUAG